AUUUUAUCACUGAACUGAUAGGUAUAAAUGAACUUGUGACGAGACGACCAAAUAUCUGCGCUCUUUUCAUGAAGUAGAUGCACAGGAAAAAAGAGAAUUCCAGUCAGUUUUCCAGUUUCAUGGGGAUGUGCCUGAGAAGGGAGAAAAACCUCGAAUAAAACGAAGAGUGAAGCCACUCAGAAGGAUCCAUAAUGUCUUUCAAGCUUGUUAAAAGGUUGAGCAGCAAAAAGAAAAGACCUCUGAAGGACAGUGUCCAGGCAGAGAUUUUGCAUAAGCUUGGCCUAGAAGCUUACAGCACUAGACAACUUGAUUCAGCAUCUGUGUCAAAUAUCAGCACAUGGAUUCUGGAGAACAAACAACCUCUAGAGCUAAAAAAUCUACCAGAUUCUUUUCUCAGUCGCCUUUGGCUGCUUAGUGAUGAUGCCCGGAGCACUUGUUGCCAGCCUCAACUUGACCCUUUAAAUGGUGACAACAAACUACCUGAGGUAAAACUCAGCAGUUGUGAAGAUAAUACCCAAAAUGCAAUCAACCCCCUUGAUCUGGUCACAUCUGUCUUUAUAUCUGCCGACACAUUUCUGCAGCAGGAGAUAACUGUGCGCAUGAUGCAAUGCAAGUUUGCUGUGCCUUUAGUUCUACCAAAUGUUGAUCCAGAAAAGCCCAGUCAGUUCCUUCUUUGGCCUUCAAGAGGAGUUGUGGGUCAGUGGAGAUCUCACUCUCUGGAUACAAACAGCAGAGUACAAGACUGCAAUUUGGCAAGCACACCUAUGCCAAUUAUUUCAUGUAUAAAACUUGGCCGUUGCAGUGUCUCUAAAUCCCAGGUGCUUAACUAUGUUCUGAAUGGACCUAAAUCAAGCAAUAACACAUUCAUACAUAAGGGAAUGGAUGGAGGGCAAGUUCCCCGAAGACUCUCUAACGGCCUAGUAGAGAUUGGAUGGUAUCUACCCACUGGAGAUAUCGACAGAGAUGUUUACCGUGCCCCAUUUCUCAUCUCUAAUUUACGUGGUGAUGCCAGCAAUCAUGAGAAAUGCCUCAAACUUCUGUGUCAAGCAUCAUCAGCUGUCAUAAUUUUCUGUGGGGAUGUUAAGGACAAAGAAAAACAACUCCUUGUAUCUUGCAAAGGCAUGGCAAGUAAGCUCAUCUUAAUUGACAUCUCUGGCACAGAAAGAGAAGAGACCACAGUUAUGGGAUGUGGUGGAAAGACCCUUGAAGAGUUUUUAGGGCUUCCCAAUGGGGCUGUGGUUGCCGGGCAUACUCUGGGUGAGGACGAAGUGGCUAAGAACAUUUGUGAAAUCCUAAAAAGUUGGGUACCAGAGAGCCUAAAACCUGUUAUGCUUGAGGCAGCAGCACAAUUAGCAUUGGACAUGGGCCUAAAUAUGGAUGAAGGCCCAGUCUGCAAAAAAGCAAUGGCCACAGUGGAGGAAGUGUUGAAGGGUUUAGAUGAGGGAUUGGCUGAAUUUCAACAGAAACAGCUCCCUUUGCAGGGGCAUUUGUGGAGCAAACUGGCAGAGCUAGAUAAGGAGGAAAGUACACAAACAAAAUCAGGAAAAGAAAUUGAACCCCAGCUUCUAAAAGAAAAGAAAGACAUCUUGACAGAGUUCAACAGGUACAAAAUGACCCCAGCUAUGAAGGUUUUUAUAGAUGCUCUUUUGACAAAGGAUAAAAGUGAGAGGACUUAUUUCCUUGCUUGGCUCAAACUGAGGCUCCAUCACAAACAAACUGAAGAAUUAAACAGCUUAAAAGAGUUACAGCCAGAACAAACAGAACAUCUGGAAAACCUUGCAAAUGAAGCUGACAACAGCCUAGAUUGUGACAGUUUCUGUACAGAUUCAAUGUCUGAAGAGGAAACUGAAGUACAGCCAGUAAACAAUAGGGUAGAUUGUGUUCAAGGCUGUGAAACAGUACAAGAUGUGCAGCAAAAUCCACAUUACACAGAGAAGACCACAGAACAUCAAGAGUCUACACAAGAUUUAUCAUGUUCUACCAACCAACUGUUGUAUCGUGGAGAAUCAUUUGAAAAUCCCAAAGCCUUGAAUUCACGGUCUCUUCAACCAAAAACAUACACAUUAGGCAUUGAGCAGUUUUUGCGCGAGAUGGGUCUGAUUUUUGAGCUUACACAUGUCAGUGGGGGUCAAAAUGUGUUACGUUUGCCCAACCUAGCAGCAGAACUUCUUCUCAAUGGGGUUCCGCUGGAAUUAAUGGAUGGAGAUGCAUUAAACAUCCCUAUCUGCUGGCUUGGUUGCGUCUUUGCAGAGCUCAAACGGUGCUUACGUCACGAGCAAUUAAGGACCAGAGUGCUGACAAUCCUUGGUGACCGUCAUGCCAGGAAUGCUGAGGUUCUGUCUGGAUUGUUUGGUGUUAAACUCCCAGAGGGAUGGAGAAGAACAAACAGGGGGGUGUAUGUGGUGGUCCUAAGUCUCCCUGAUGAUCUCAGAAAAGACCUAGAGUGUGAUUAUCUUUUCUUAAUUGAUGUGGAAGGCCUUGGCUUAGUCUCAGGAGAAAUUAAAACAGAUCUAACACGCGACAACAUGAUGGCCACGGUUGCAAUAGGAUUAAGUGAUGUUUUACUCCAGAACAUUUCACCCUGUGCUGGUGAUGAGCUUGAGACAACGUUUACCGUCAUGGUCAAUGCUCUUCUACGCUCCAAAGAAUGCAGUGCUUUCCCCAUUUGCCAAAUCCUGACUCAGGAUGAUGAUAUAAACAGUGUAUUACAAACCUUACAGUUGAGGCGUGUUUGCAAGUUUUUACAGAAUGAAAACAAAGGAAAUAUCAUUGAUUAUCAUGCAUUAAAUACAAGCAACACAGUAUUUGUAAAAGGACCUUGGCCUAAUAUGUGUCCUUGCGAAGCAGUUGACAAAAAAUACAGUACAAAUGUGUUAAAACUAAAGGAAAAUCUCCUUGGAGCUCUAAAGAAAUGUGCGACCAUGUCUAAAAGUUCAGAUUUUAUUGGACGCUUGUAUGAUGUGUGGGAUGCAGUUAAAAGCAAUUCAUUUUCCAUUGGUCUACAGGACAUGAACAUGGCUUUAGGCUUUUCUCUACUCUGCACAGAGUUUUCCCAAUGGGAAAAUAUUCUUCUGGAAAACACAGAGAGCUGGUUAAUGGGGACAACAAAGAAAAUCAUUGACACAAAGGCUUUGGAUGCUGCUGCUCAACAUGUCCUUCUUAGUGAGUUAAAGAAAGAAGCCGAGGAGGAAGUCAAAUCAGAAGUGAACAAACUCAAAUCAAACGCAGAGAGCUAUCUGAUGACUGAAGAAAUUCUCAAAAUAAAUUCUAAAAUAUUCUGGCCAAUCCUAUUUAGUAACAUAAACAACCUCCAGGAAAGAGUAAUUGAAGAAGCAAUGCAAAAGUUGGAGACAAUCAAUGAGUCCCACUGUUCAUACUCUCAGAUUAAAAAAUUUGAGAAGUCGGUGGAAAAAGAGCAAGAGUACAAGUUACUUGCACUAGUGGAGACAAGCAAGUCAACCAAUAUUCUUCUACAAGAUCAUGAACUGGAAGAGGAGUUUGAGAUUGUGUGGAAGAAGAUAUUGUCCAGUUUUGAAUUUAGGCCUUCAGAAAAAGAGGAAAUUAGUUCAAUUGUGACAAAUGUUCUAAAGCAGAAUCUAAUCAGCCGUGACCUCCAGAAACACAUGGACAAACUUUGCGUCCUUGACCAAAACCAGACUUCCAGCUUCCAAGUAUGUGAUGAGCAUUUUGGAUAUCGCAGCCGGUUAAAACGCAUGUUCGAAGACAACAACAAACAACAGAAAUUAGAAGCGCAAAAGAUAGCAAGCAAAAUCAUUGAGGAAUACAAUCAGUUUAUCGCAAAUAAAUGUAGCUUAGCAGCAGAUUUCUCUGAAAGUUAUAUAAUUGAGCUGUUAGACAUUGUUGAAAAUGGUUUAAAAGAAAAAUCGUUGGAAAUCCGAUCAGCUUUUGAAGUGGAUUUAAAAAUAUAUCUGUGUAACGCAGCAUGCCAAGACUUCCAAAAACUACAUGACCGCUUUGCAAAGGACAGAGAACUUUUAGCAUAUAUAUCUGCAACCAAGAAUAAGUAUGCAGCCAAGUUCAUUUACCAGUUUAGGAAACGGGAUCAGUGCCAGAGGGUGGCCCGAGCAUUCAUAUCCAUGGUCAUCAAACCUUUAAUGUUAGAGUAUGUCAAUGAACCAUUGGGUAUCCAGAUAGCAAAGGAAGUUAAGCAUAAAGCUCAGCAGUAUCAGUCUCCAAAUGCAUUUCACCAAUGCAUACUGGAGGAUCUAAUUAAAGAGGACUGCUUUGAAAGCUUUGUAGAAUAUCUGUUGUCCUAUGAAGACUUCAGACUGAGGAAGAUUCGAGAAACAGUGGUUUCUCACUUAUCUGAUACAACCAGCCUUGGUGAAUUAAGGCAACAGAGACUUGGUGAAAUUGUAGGGAAGAUUGCGGCAGCUGUGAGUCAAACAACAGAAGGUACCAGUGGAGUGCUAAGUGAUACAAAGCCAAUGCUGGAGAGAGUCUGUCUCAUUUUAGAGAGAGAUUCAAAAAUAGAUGUCAAGAAGGAGUCUCUAAAUGGUCCCCUCUUUAGCAUAACAACAGAAUGGGAUCGCUUUGUUAAGUGUUUAAUGGAGUUACUGGCCACAAUGCGCUUAGAUAUUGGCCAGGAGUUCAACCAAAAUGUGGAUGUACUUGAGAUUCUCAAUGACCUUCCAGUUCAGCCCCAGGAUCAGCUCCUUCAUGUAGUGAGAGGGUGUGACAAAAGAUGUCCUCUUUGCAAAGCCCCUUGUGAGGAGGAAAAGCUUGACCAUGAAGUUCACAGCUCUCUCCUCCAUCGACCCAAAGGCAUGCUGCCUUAUGACUUCUGUUCUCCAUCUCAUCUGAGUUGCCCAGAAACCAGCAAAGAAGCAUAUGGUGAAUUGAUAAUAUGUAAAAAUCUCCAUUUGGAAGAUCCGAACUGGAGCAAUGUCUCUGAUGACUUAAACAACCAAAAGACCAAUAAUUAUUGGAGGUACGUGUUGGCGAGGUUCAAUGAGAAGUUUGCAGCAGAAUUCAACCAAGAGCUUGUAAAGUUGCCAGAGGAUUGGAAGCAGAUCACAAAAGAGGAUGCCUUAGAAAGUUUGAAAGGAGUCUUUGCUAAAAAAGAGUGCAUCUAAAUUGUGACAUCUUUUUUUAUCUCAGUGGUUGUUUCCAUAUUCGUGUUAUUCAUGUAGUCCAGGGAGUUAUGUAAUCCUGAAUGCUAUUUGGUUUUAAUUUUAACUGAAUAGUUUGAAAAAAGUGACCGGAUUUAUGUUCGACAAUUUCAUUUUAAACACUUGAAAUUUAAAAUGUUUUCAUGUACUUUUAUUUACUCAAUAUGAUUUUUAUGUUUAACAUUUUUUUAUUUUGUACAUUUUAUUGUCACUAUAAAUCAAAUGGCAAAACAUGCUGCCAACCAUAGAAAAACAGUUUACUUUAAGAAACUGUAUUCUAUUAAGAAAAUUGCUUUGCUUUAAAAAUCAAGAUAAAGUGAGAUUAUUUUAAAUUUACAAUUUUAUUGUUUUACUGCUCUUGACUUUACAACUGUUGAAUUGUUUGUUGUUGGUUUUUUUUUCUUGCUUUUUUAUUUAGUGUGUUUUUUUAAAAAUAUAAAAAAAUAUUCAAAAAAGAAACCCAACUUAACUUAAAUCACAAAUGACUAAAUAAUUUAAUUUAUCUCUAUUUCCCCUCUUUGAGAUUGCAGUUGGACUGAAUAUUUUAAAUAUUCUGUGAUUUUUAUUAUUUAUUUGUACUUUUAUCUCACCUCUUAUUUUUAUCCUAUGUGUUUUUUAUGGUUAUUUGAAUAUAUUUUAAUGAAUAUGUGCAUAUAGUUAUUGUUGCUUUGAUGAUGAUGAGUUUAUUGAUUAAUUGAUCGAUUGAACAUUUGUAUUAGUACUUUAUUUGCUUGCUUUAAGAUUUUCCUAAUUUGUGCUCCCUUUGUUACUUUUAAGUGUUUAUUAUUUUUUUCACUGACUCCAAUUGGUUUAUUGAUUGCUCAGCUAAAUGGGAUUGCCAAAGAGGCAUUCAGAAAUUUUUAAAGUAGGAUGCAGAUAUAAUACUUUAUGCAACAUUGUUAAGCUAUGGUAAACUUUAUUAAUGUAUGCAAAUAAAUAUCACAACCACUCUCAUAA